UUUAUCAGGCGUGUGUAACUCAUCGGCAGCUCAUGUUGUCCGGGACCGGCUCAGACGACGGAUCUCGCCCACCGUCUGACUCCGCUGGUCGCAGGGAUCCUCCUGGAGCGCACACAUCCUCCUGCAUCCUUCACCGGCCUCUGACAGGAUGCUGCUUCCUCUCAUUAUCGCGCUUUUACUGCCCGCAGGAGUGGUCAGUCUGUGCCCUGAAGACGACAAUGAUCUCGACCUGGAUCCUCCUGAGGUCGUUAUAGAAUAUGGAGCAGAGACGUUGGUGAACUGCACGACCACAAAUGAUGAUUUUCAAGAGAUGUAUUGGAGCGAUGGAACCGGCCAGCGCAUCACGGAAGACGAGGAGACUUUCAUUUCCUGGCCGCUGUCGGCCUCAGAUUGGGACGUGAAAGCCUCAUGCACCAUAAAGCUAAAUAAGUCCCAUGAGUGCAGCAAGGACCUUAAAAUAACUGUUUACAAGAGACCAGACAGGGUUUACUUGCAUCCUUUAGAGGCUCUGGUGGAAGGAAGACAACACCAGCUGCACUGUGACAUCAUCAAUGUUGCUCCUGUAGAGAACCUCACUGUGAGGUGGUACGCAAACAAUACAUUGAUGAAGACGCAGUCUUUCAAGCAAACAACCAAAACACCAGUGAACGAGUCGUCCACUCUGCCAGUCACCUUCAGACGAGACGACAGUGUGGUUCUGUUCAGAUGUGAGGCUCACUUGGACUUUGACUCAGAUGCUCUGGUUACCUCGGACCUGCUAUUUGUUCCGGUGCACUAUGCUCCUGAGCUCAACAUUAUUACCAACCAGGUUUUACAUGUGCAAGAGGGUGAUAAUGUCACCCUGGAAUGUGAAAUUGAUGCAAACCCUCCUCCUGAGUAUCAGUGGACCAGCGACAAAGGGAACGUGUGGGACAACACAAACAAGCUCACUGUUACUAAUAUUCGUGUAAGUGCAGACUACAACUGCACAGGCACCAACUAUCUGGGAAGCACGACGAGGCAAAUCCAUAUUAAUGUGACAAACGUCAUCAUGGAAACCGCAGCAUCAGCACCAGUAGAUGAUACAGAUUGCUCUCCGACAUUAACCCCUUCUAAACUAGCGGUGAGAUUUGGGGAUCCAGUUUCAAUUGACUGCAACGUUUCAGCGUCUAAUUUUGAGGGAAUGGGUUGGGAAGCUACGACUGGAGGCACUGGACUGUUAGAGUCGUCCUUUUCCACCUGGAGAGUUGACAAUCUAAACGUCUGGGACCCAAAACCUUCCUGUUAUGUCACUCUGUUAAAUGGACGACAGUGUGUUUCAAAACCAUCUAUCACUGUUUACAAGAGACCGGACAGGGUUUACUUGCAUCCUUUAGAGGCUCUGGUGGAAGGAAGACAACACCAGCUGCACUGUGACAUCAUCAAUGUUGCUCCUGUAGAGAACCUCACUGUGAGGUGGUACGCAAACAAUACAUUGAUGAAGACGCAGUCUUUUAACCAAACGACUAAAACACCAGUGAACGAGUCGUCCACUCUGCCAGUCACCUUCAGACGAGACGACAGUGUGGUUCUGUUCAGAUGUGAGGCUCACUUGGACUUUGACUCAGAUGCUCUGGUUACCUCGGACCUGCUAUUUGUUCCGGUGCACUAUGCUCCUGAGCUCAACAUUAUUACCAACCAGGUUUUAAAAGUGCAAGAGGGUGAUAAUGUCAUCCUGGAAUGUAAAAUUGAUGCAAACCCUCCUCCUGAGUAUCAGUGGACCAGCGACAAAGGGAACGUGUGGGACAACACAAACAAGCUCACUGUUACUAAUAUUCGUGUCAGUGCAGACUACAACUGCACAGGCACCAACUAUCUGGGAAGCACGACGAGGCAAAUCCACGUUUAUGUGACAAACGUCGCCACGACAACCGCAGCAUCAGCACCAGUAGAUGGUACAGUUUGUGGCAGCUUGCCGGUACAGUUGACAAGUUCCAUGAAACCGAUGGAAUGUGUGACAGAUUCAGAUUGCUCUCCGAUAUUAACCCCUUCUAAACUAGCGGUGAGAUUUGGGGAUCCAGUCUCAAUUGACUGCAACAUUUCAGCGUCUAAUUUUAAGGGAAUGGGUUGGGGAGCUACGACUGGAGGCACCGUAUAUUUGUUGUCACCCAGAUUGUCCAGCUGGAGAGUUGACAAGAUGGAAGUAUGGGACCCAAAACCUUUCUGUUAUGUUUUGUUAAAUGAACGUCGCUGCGUUUCGGAAUCAUCUAUCACUGUUUACAAGACCCCGGACAAUGUUUUAAUUUCUGCAUUUUCUCAUAAACCCAUGGUGGAGGGCACAGAGUACCCGCUGACGUGUUUCAUCAGCAGCGUGGCUCCUUUACAGAAUCUCACUGUGCGAUGGUACCAGAGCAGCAAACUUCUGCACACAGAUGUGUUCUAUGAGGCGAAUGGAAAUGUCACAAAGACUCCUGAGAGUCGGGCCUUCACGUUGAGAGUGGUUCCUGAGCGAGGCCACGAUGGGACACCUUUUGAAUGUGAGGUUGAGCUGCAUCUCGGGCAAGAAGUACCAAAACCUCUGACCUUCAAAUCUGAACCUUACAUUGCUGUUGUCCACUUUGCUCCUACGUUUACACAGGGAAAUCACAGUGAGGACAUAAGCCUGGGUGGGGAUGUGACUAUUGGCUGCCAUGCUGAGGGAAACCCUCAUCCUGCCAUUCACUGGGUCUACCCCCCUGCAGACAACGUGAAGGAGGCCACUUGGGGGCGCCAGAGCAACAUAACUAUCCAACAGGCCACGUCUACCAACGCUGGUCAGUACAUCUGCGUUGCCACGAAUGAACUAGGGAAGGUGACAAGGCUGGUCACAGUGGCAAUAAAAGAUGAAGCUGCUCAAAGCGUGCUGGGCUUCUCCUGGUGGUAUCUGCCUUUGAUCAUUAUCAGCGUUGUCAUCGUGCUCUUCGCGGUCACUCUCCUCCACUGUCAUAGAAAACAUGGAAGAUAUAGUUUUAUGACUGUGAGAACGAAUGAAGAAAUCCCUCUGGGCACUAAGUCUGCAGCUGGGGGUAUUCAUUAGGCUAAUUGGUGGAGUUACUGUGGAAACUAAACAUGAAUGACCCUUUUCUUAGAAUAUUAUAAUAAUUCACUAUUACACACAGGAAUUACAGUGAUAUCUUUUGAAUGGAAACAUUAUAACAGAGACAAAGCAACUAUAUUAUUCAAUUGUUUAUAUACGUGUGGAAGUUAAAAUUUAUUACGUUUCUUAUUAUAUUACAUUUCUUAAUCAUCUUCAUUACUAUUUACUCUGGAGGUAAGCUGUUUAUAUUUUUUUGGUUUCCUCGUGUAUUUCCUCUUGAUUUUACAGUAACCUUAGACUUCUGGAUUUGCUUCUUUGCAAAUGUGUUUUAGUCACGUUAACAAAAUAUUUGGCUGUUUUAAAUGAAUUGCUACGAUGUGCCAGAGUGGCCUGAGCAAUGGUCAGGCGAGCGGUCUUCGCCUAGAACGCGGUCACGCAAGUCGACUUUAAAACUUUGUUGCGCAUUUAUCUUGUCAUUGUGGUACUGCUUCUUGGCGCGAGCAAAAGUGAUGUGUAAAGGCUCCUCAUUUGUUGCGCAAGAGUUCAUUAAAAGAUCACAAUAAACUUUCCUAAUACAAAGUGUUAUUUGACAUGUGAUUAAUGCAAUGGUUAGUGUCUCUUAUUAAAAACAUCUUGCAAUGUGAAAA